AACCAGAACACACAAACACAAUCUCAGAUGAAGCAGGGUAAGCUCACUGUUGUUGUUAAAGAGCUUUCCGGUGGCCAUUUUCAUGUCAAAACCCUCAUCAUCUUCUCUUUGUCAAUGUUAUUUUUCAUUUUUGUUCUCGGGAUGUUCAUAAAUGAUCGAACCAGGAAAUUCUUAACCUCAGAUGACUUAUUCCCUCAGCUGAAGACAUUUCCCUCAGUGUCUCCUUGGCCUCCCUCUACACAUUGUCAGUGCAACUUUUCUCUGUCUUCUCAUUUACUGCCUCUUAGUUUUUCAAAUCCAAGAGGACUACUAUUGAAAGAUUACACAGCUCCCAAGGAGCUAUGGCAUUCUAUGAGUGAUGAGGAGCUCUUUUGGCAAGCUUCAAUGAUGCCACGCAUUGUCGAAUACCCCUAUAAUCGAACACCAAAGGUGGCAUUUAUGUUCCUAACAAAGGGACGAUUGCCAUUCGCACCACUUUGGGAAAGUUUUUUCAAGGGGCAUGAUGGCUUCUACUCAGUUUAUCUCCAUGCAGCACCAGACUUCAAGAAUGAGCCACCAGAAUCAUCAGUGUUUUACAAGCGUAAGAUACCAAGCCAGGCAGUUGAAUGGGGAAAGCCAACAAUGGUUGAUGCUGAGAGGCGCCUAUUAGGCAAUGCCUUACUCGAUUUUUCAAAUGAGAGAUUUGUAUUGCUCUCUGAAUCAUGCAUUCCUCUGUUUAACUUUACCAGAGUCUACAGCCACCUCGUCAACUCCAACCACAGUUUUGUUAGCUCAUUUGAUGAUCCAAGAAACGUUGGUCGUGGACGUUACAACAAGCAAAUGUGGCCAACCGUGACAUUAUCAGAUUGGCGUAAGGGCUCUCAGUGGUUUGAAGUUCACAGAAAGCUUGCCAUAGAGAUAGUUUCCGAUCCCACAUACUACCCUGUAUUUAAGGACUUUUGCCUGCCUCCCUGCUACACAGAUGAGCACUACUUGGCAACUCUUGUGACCAAAGUUGGUCCUGGGUGAACUCAAACAGUACCAUUACCUGGGUCGAUUGGUCAACUGGUGGUCCGCACCCAACAACGUUUGUGAGGAAAGAUGUGACGGAAAACUUUCUGAUUCGGUUAAGACAUGGAUUUAAUUGUACUUACAAUGGUGGCAUGAGCUCCAUUUGCCACCUGUUUGCUAGAAAGUUUCAUCCAAGUACACUGGAGCCUUUACUAAAAAUAGCUCCAGCUCUGUUUGGAUUUAACACCUAAAGAUCGAGCCUGCUCAUUAUAAUUAGUUUGACGUUUGGUUGGUCUAGUUAACAUGAAAUUUCAUCCCAG